CGGAUUAUCGGAUUCGAAUCUAGAUCGAGUUAUCGAACUGAAAUUCUAAAUCCAUAUCCUAUUAAUUUCAUCAGAUUUGGAUCAAAAUUCAAUCCAUUGACAACCCUAAACUUACUGUAUAGUACAGGUUUGGAGAUAUUGGCAUUUCCUUGUAAUCAGUUUGGCUCUCAAGAACCUGGCACAAAUGAAGAGAUUCGAGAGUUUGUGUGCACCCGCUUUAAGGCUGAAUAUCCUGUAUUUGACAAGGUUGAUGUAAAUGGUUCCAAUGCUUCUCCAAUAUAUAAAUACCUGAAGUCGAGCAAAGGUGGGAUUUUUGGGGACAGUAUUAAGUGGAACUUCUCCAAGUUCCUUGUUGACAAAGAUGGCCAUGUUGUUGACCGCUAUGCUCCCACCACAUCUCCUCUUAGCAUCGAGAAGGAUAUAAAGAAGCUGCUGGAAAAGGUGAAGUAACGACUAUGGUUGUCUUGUUCUGAACUUCAUUUGCUAAUAAACAUCCUAAUGAGGAUUCUUGGGAGGGUUCUUUUUGAGUAUUUACAUAUAGUUUGGAAUGAAACUCCUUUAAAAGUUGUUCUUGGUGUACCUUUGCGAGAGUUUCUUGCGUUGAUUAAGAUCGGAUUUGUGUAUAUCCUGCAAUUCUCUUUCGAUUAGUCUGGUUAUUAAUUAAUUUUACUUGUAAGUAGUAUAAAUCCCAUUA